AUGGCUUAAACCUAGAUUCAAUAGGAUUAGAAAUAAUCUUUACAAAAUGCUAUUAGACAACCAUAUUAAAAAAUAGGAAAUGAAAUCAGGGAAAAAGUGAUUUACGAUAUAGUUUUCUAAGAAAAUUCGAUUAAACAAGUAUUCUCUAAUUUUUAUCCUUUAGACAGCGUUAAAAUAUGGUUUGAAAUAUUCGACAGCAAAUGGUAUAGUAUAGACAUAUCAAUAAUAAGGAAGAUGCAUGAAGAAAGAUAAAAGAAAUAAGAAACAAUAUUUUAAGAGAAACAAAAUUCUUGUCAUCAUUGAUCUGAAAUCUGGUGAUGUGAAUCUCUAUUAAUAAUAAACAACAUCCAAUGUAUUGAUUCUAGAAUCCUCGAUUCACUCAAACAAUAUUAGUAACUUCAAAUAGCAAGAUUAAUUUCAUCAUCCAUAAGAGUGCACUGAAUAAUUCAUCAAUCAAGACAUUGAAUCAAUAUCGAACAAUUUAAUCUUCUGGAUGAAAAAGAAUAUGAAAUUUAGAAUCUGCAAAAAUGAUGCUUCAUCAAAUAGUUUCAAAACUCAUAGAAAUAUGAUAAAAAGCAAUGUCAUGUUCACGUAAUAAGAAAGUAAACCAUAGAUUUAAUUAAACAAUGAAUUGAUGAACACGGAAAUUUAGAAAAAAUUGAAAUUUGAGAAUAUCAACCAUUAGAAAUAAGAAAUCAGCAAAUAAAAAGAAGAAUGCUGCAAUAAACAACAGUCUGAUUAACUGAAGGAUUAAAUCCAAGAAUUGUAAUGUCAUGAAUAGGCUACUUUUAAUUUGGAGAAAUUUAAUUCAAUAUAAUAAUAGUUAGAUAAUAUCCUGAAGUUAUGGAAAUAGUAAAUAUUUCUCAUGUCAUAAUCAUGA